AUGGCGCGUGCAGCGGACCCCGACGCAACGGUAGCCAUGCCCCGGCUCGAAGACAUCCUGCGUCACCCCGAAGACCUCGACAAGAUCGCCGGACUAAAGGCCGAAUACACGCGCAAGAAAGCCGCCGUCGACUCACAGCUCCGCGAGGGCCUUCGAAGCCAACUCGAGUCCGUGCAACGCAGCAUCAACUCCCUCACGGAAGGCCAACGGCAAGUCUCAAAGACCAAAGACGAGCUGCAGGGGAUCGACAAGCUCUGCGCGGAAUCGCAGACCAGCGUCGACGACUUCUCGCAGAUCGACCGACUGGCCAAGAUCCAGCGGAAUUUCGAAGCGAUCUUGACGAUGAAAAAGGGCCUGGAGAACUUCAGCGAGGACCUGGCGGAGGUGGAGUCGCUGUUGCGAGAGGACGACGAUGAUCUGGAGAAUCAGCCGAACUUGCUGCGGGCGCACAUGCAGAUCUCGCGGUUGCGGGACUUUCGCGACGAGGCGAUGGAUCAGAUUCGGAAGGUCCAGGACCCGAGUAGUGAGUCGGCGCUGGAUGAUUUCUUCCAGGGCUUGGACUCGGUGAUUGAUUGGUUCGACGACCAUCUGGGCACGGCUUGUAUGAAUAUCAUCCCGCUGGUGCAGUCGGAUAACCCGAGCAUGGUGGUGCGAUUGGCGGUGGUUGUGAUGCAUGAGGAGAAGAACGACGAGACGGUUCGAGCCCUGCAGGAGGCGCAGAAGGACCAUCAGGACCUGGCGGGUCGGUUCAAGUCCAUGAAUGUCGGUCCGAAGACGGUCAAGGGCUACAAGGAGAAGUUCAUGCAAGCGAUCGAGUUCUAUGCGCAGAACCAAUUCGAGAACACCAAGGAGGAUUUCCUGGGCAACCCGGAUAACCUGGACAAGAGCUUCCGGUGGUUCUUCAACGAUCUAUUUACCGUCCAGCAAGGCAUGCAGUCGUUGAUGCCGAAGAAGUGGAAGAUUUACAAGACGUAUACCGAUAUCUACCAUCGGAUGAUGCACGAUUUCCUGGUCGGGCUGAUCGAUGAUCCGGAGUUGCCCGCCGACAACUUGCUCUCGAUCAUCCACUGGACCGAGAAAUACUACAAGAAGAUGAACAAGCUUGGCUGGAAGCAGGCCGAUCUUCGACCCAACGUUCUCGACGACCGCGAGCCUGAUCUCAUCCGGAAGUGGCAGAACGUCAUCAUUAGCGCCGUCGAGGACUGGAUGGACCGAAUCACGGAGUCCGACAGAAGGGGUCUGAUAGAGAGGUCGCCCGACGUUAUUGAAACCACUUCCGAAGGCUUCUUCCGGACCAAGACUCUCCCUGACAUGUGGCGCAUGAUCCGCGAGCAGAUCGUCGCCUCCAGCUCCUCCUCUCGCGCCGAUGUGGUCGAGGGCAUUAUUGACGCCAUGUUCCGCGUGCUGAAAGCCCGUCAAACCACCUGGCAGACCCUCAUCGACGAGGAAUGCAACAAAUACAAAGCCCCCGGCGGCGACCAGCUCGACGGCCUGCAGCUGCUGCAGGACUACCUUGUCGCAGUGGCGAACGACCAGAUCGCCUGCAUCGACGACAACGAAGAGACCGGCCAGAUGGGGUACCUCUCACGAUUCAAGCGCGACUUGGAACCCAUCGUCGACCCGAAGUACAUGGCGUCGCGGGCCCUCCCGGAACUGGACGCCCUGCGCGACGGCUACGUCGACCUCAGCACUUACUGCCUCUCGCAGUUCGUGGACACCAUCUUCGCCACCGACUUCCGCACCACGAUCCCCGAUUUCUUCACGCAGCGCUGGUACGGCGAUUUCGCUAUCAAACGCAUCACCUCAACCUUCGAAGACUACAUGGCCGACUACAGCCCCGUUCUGCACCCCUCGCUCACCGACAUCCUGGUCGAAGAGCUCUCGGACGAGCUGCUGGUCCGCUACCUCUCGUCCGUGCACAACCGCGGCGUCAAAUUCCGCCGUCACGCCGACCCCUACACGGAUAAGUUCAAGGACGACGUGCUCACCGUGUUCGCCUUCUUCCAGAAAUAUCCGGACUCGUUCGCCAGCACCAUCAAGGACAAAUGGCGCCUGGUCGAGUGGCUGGUGCGUCUGCUGGAGGCCGAAAAGGGUCCUCCCGUCGUGGCCGUCUACGAGAGCUUCAAGACCGAGUAUUGGGAUCUGCAGCUGUCGUGGGUCGAGUCGGUCUUGCGGUCCCGGGAUGAUUUUGAGAGGAGUAUGGUGAGUGCGGUGAAGGCCAAGGCGGCUGAGUUGUCGGUCGAACGGGGGAUGGAGACUCUUAUGGGCAAGGUGCGGUAG